GUGUUUCACCAGUUCACUGUGUGUCAGCUCACAGACUGGUAGUCCGCUCCAGCUGGGAUCAAUUGUGAGUGAUUGACUGUUUUCAAGUAGUUUUGACAGCACAUUUGUUUUGUUUAUCAGGAAGUGGCUGAAUUUAGGAUGACCUGUUCAUAUGUCACCCAAACUCCUGGCAGCUGAUAUGCUGACGGACUAGAACAGACCUUGAGGAGGAUAAGCACUCUGGAACCACUUCACCACAGUGAACAGUUUGUUGCAUCCUGGUGGCUGAACUUUGUGAGGGGACUUCCUUAAGGGAGCCACCACCCAGAAGCCAACAUGGCUGACACAGUGAAUACAUUGCCAUUCUUCUAUGGCAACAUCACCAGGGAAGAGGCAGAGGACUACCUGCGGCAGGUGGGCAUGAGCAACGGCUUGUACCUGCUACGGCAAAGCCGAAACUACCUCGGGGGCUUUGCUCUUUCCGUGUCAUAUUCAGGCCGUUGCUACCACUACACCAUUGAAAGAGAACCCAAUGAAUCAUAUGCUAUUGCUGGUGGUAAGAGCCACAGGAACCCUGUGGAUGUCAUUGAUUACCACUCCCAAGAGAUGGAUGGCCUUGUAUGUCUGCUAAAGAAGCCCUGCAACAGGCCCAAGAACAUGCAGCCAAAGGUGGGGCCGUUUGAGGACCUGAAGGAAAAACUGAUCCGAGAGUAUGUAAAGCAGACCUGGAACCUGCAGGGAGCAGCUCUGGAGCAGGCCAUCAUCAGCCAGAGGCCUCAGCUGGAGAAGCUCAUUGCCACCACCGCACAUGAAAAAAUGCCCUGGUUCCAUGGAACAAUAACACGAGAAGACUCUGAAACCAGGCUUCAAAAUGGUGCCCGUACAAAUGGAAAAUUCCUGAUCCGGCAGAGAGAUAUGAAUGGAUCCUAUGCUCUGUGUUUACUACAUGAAGGCCAAGUCAUGCAUUAUCGCAUCGACAGGGACAGGACCUGCAAGCUCUCUAUCCCAGAUGGCAAAAAGUUUGACACCCUGUGGCAGCUGGUGGAGCACUACUCAUAUAAACCAGACGGCCUGCUGCGAGUGCUAACAGAUCCCUGUCCAAGACCUGAUGGAGUCAUUGGGCAAAUAGGAAGGCCACCACUGCCGCGGGACCACCCCGGAUUAAGUUCUGCCCUUCAAAAUGCGGCAGGUGGACUUCUCUUCAAAAUCAUGUCUGGCAUCAAAAAGCCCCACGUACAGCAACCCAACAUCGCAGAAAAUCUCAAUCCUUAUGAAACCAGAGUGCCCAAUAAUCUAGUAGGUGGCAAAGAGGCCAUGCCAAUGGACACAGAGGUAUAUGAGAGUCCGUACGCAGACCCAGAUGAACUGAGGAGUUCCACAGUGGAUCGCAAGCAGCUCUUCUUGGAGGAUGGAGAACUGGGCUCUGGCAACUUUGGCACAGUCAUGAAGGGCAUCUACAAGAUGAGGAAGACAGAGAAGCCAGUUGCAGUCAAAAUCCUGAAGAAUGACGAUAACAACCCAUCAGUGCGUGAGGAAAUGCUGCGAGAAGCCAAUGUCAUGCAGCAGCUGGACAAUCCUUACAUUGUCCGGAUGAUUGGGAUCUGUGAGGCAGAGAACCUCAUGCUGGUCAUGGAGCUGGCCGAGCUGGGACCACUCAACAAGUUCCUGCAGAAGAACAAGCAAACAGGCAUAAAGAACAUCACAGAGCUGGUCCACCAGGUGUCCAUGGGGAUGAAGUACCUGGAGGAGCAUAACUUUGUCCACAGGGACCUCGCUGCCAGGAAUGUGCUGCUGGUCACGCAGCACUAUGCCAAGAUCAGCGACUUCGGACUCUCCAAAGCUGUUGCUGAGGAGCAAAACUACUACAAGGCCAAGGGUCAUGGGAAGUGGCCAGUGAAAUGGUACGCUCCUGAGUGUAUAAACUACUUCAAAUUCUCAUCCAAAAGUGAUGUGUGGAGCUUUGGGGUACUCAUGUGGGAGGCCUUCUCCUUUGGCCAGAAACCAUACAAGGGAAUGAAAGGAAAUGAUGUCAUGCAGAUGAUUGAAGGUGGAAGACGUAUGGAUGCCCCAUUGAACUGUCCAGAAGAGAUGUAUGACCUCAUGAGGACCUGCUGGACAUACAAGGCAGAUGAAAGGCCUGGAUUUAAGGUUGUUGAGCCAAGACUACGAGAGUAUUAUUACGACAUUGCACAGUAAUUCCUCACAUGGAUGUUUUGAGUCUAUGCAAACUAUAGAAAAACUGCAUCUUAUCCUGUAUGAAUGACUGGAGAUGGUUAUGCUGUUGUAAAUUACUGAGUUCAACUCGAGGAUUUAUGUUAAUUUUUAAACAUUGACCAUAAUUAUGCAAAUGUAAUUUUAAAUUACUUAUCUUGUUCCUUCCUGAAUGUAAACAAUAUGAACAUUGUAAUAAACAGAUUCAAGUCCAGCUUAUUCUAUUACAGACAUGUUACAGAUACAUUCAUUUGUUAGAUGUGUUUCAUACUGUAAGUGCAUUAUAUGUAUUCUGGCUUUACCCUUUGCUGUGUCAUAAUAGUUAAAGCAAAAAUCCUUGAAUGAAGAUCUGAUUUCAGUGUAAUGGAGAGAUAGGACUGUCUUCAGUCUCUGUAAUCACAUAUAAAUAAAUUGCCAUCAGUGUCCUGAUAUUUGAAA